AUGCCCUCUUGCCACCGGUAUCUUGACCUUCUGGCCCAAAUUCCCCGGACUAAGGUAAUUCCACCUCGCGACGAGUCACCGACCCCGCAAACUAGCGGCGUGGACCAUCAAGUUACCAGCACAAUGCAUCCCAAUACGAUUUAUUUCACCUCUAGUGUCACGGUGUCGACGGCUGCACCAUCACAGAGCAGUGGCCCACCUAAUGUGAACAAUGUCCUUGGGCCGCUGCUAGGUGGACUGUUGGGCGGGUUCUUCGGACUAAUUGUAAUUGUAGUAAUAUUAUGGUGUAUCUGGCGCAGACGAUACGACAUCUUUUGCAGGCGCGAUUUUGUUGACCCUGAACCGCCAGUAUUGGACUAUAAACAAACUGGACAUCCGUCAAGGGGCAACUCAGCGGUAUCCUCACCUGAACCAUCACGACAGCCAUAUCCAUAUGGCCAAGUUGGACGCCCUCUUUCCUCCAUAUCCACAUCAACGUCGGCUCAUUCACCCACUCUGACGCCUACAUAUUCACAUUCACCAUCAGUACUGACGACGAACUAUAGUCUGCCGCUCUCUGCGGCACCGUCGACGUUGAUGAACUUGACCACGACGCCGUUGCCUGGCGCAAGCACUGCGUUGUCGCCUGGAUCGAGUGUAACAUCGUUCUCUAGAGCAUCGACACCUGGCUUAGUGUAUCCGGCCCCUUUAUUGCAGUACCGAAAUGAGCGACAGCAGGGCCGACUGUCGUGGCCGCGUUAUAGUAGUUCAGAGGAUGGAAACGACGAGAGUCGUUCUUCGGUCCUGAGGCCACGCAGUGAGCGCCGGCCUUCGAGACUUUCAUUGACGCUUGCGAAUUGGAACCCAGAGACGGAUGCAGAGCUGGACGUCAUGAGAGCAAGCGACAGCGACGAACGUAAGGACUCGAGUGGGAUAGGCACGAAGGAGAUUGAUGGAAAAUCAGCUAACGGGGGACGAGCAAAAGCGGAGUCGCCUUCUCCAUGCGCCAAACAGGUGUUCGUGGGCCCGAGUCGAACGGACCCGGAUGACUGUCGGUCAGCUGAAGACAAGGUGGAUUUGCCGCCGACGUCAUAG